AAGCACCACAAGCCGGUAAAGCACAACCGAGAACUGAUAAAAGUGAAUCUCCCCACUAGAUCCCCGCUUAUCAUCCGCUGCUCGGGUCCACACUGCCGUUUUCUUAUCGUUUCCGCGUGAACACUGGCUGAUUUGCCAUCAUCACCUGGUCCGUCGCUGCUGCUAUUUUGUUUAAUCAGUACAAAAAACAAUGCUAUCUAAAUUGGCGGAGGAUUUUUCGGCGGCCAGUCCGUCCAGUAAGACGCUAAUUGUGCUGGCCGCACUGGGCGGUGUCGCGGUAACCGCUGCCGUUGGCUCCCACUACAUGAAAAAGCGCAGAGAAAACACCCCGCCGAAAAUGUGGCGCAAAAUAGCCGAACUGAACGAAAUCUACAUCUAUCCGGUCAAAUCCUGUGCCCCGAUCAAGCUUAGCCGAGCGACCUGCUCGUCCAUCGGGCCCCGGCGCAAUCUGCUGAGGGAUCGUAGCUUCAUGGUGACCAAUCUGGACGGCAAGUGGCUAACAGCUAGACAGAAGCCGAAAAUGGUGCUCAUACAGCCAUCGUUCGACGACAGCUACGAGCGUAUGACACUGUCGGCCCCCGGCAUGGAAGACAUUUCCCUCGACUUGAAGCCGCUAUUGGAAAUGGAACCGAUACUUGGAGUGGUUUGGAAUGAAUCCGUUCAGACGGUGGACUGCGGUGACGAGGUGGCUCGUUGGAUCUCUACCUAUUUGGAACGACCGGCAGCGUAUCGAUUGCGGUUUUAUCCACUUGAUAGAACUACUCGUAAAAGGGCCGCCGAAGACAGUGGUGCCCUGCACGAUGAAACAAGCUUCAUGCUGUUCAAUACGGCUACGGUUGAGGACCUGAACACACGCCUGGAGCAGAAAGUGUCGAUGCUGCAGUUUAGGCCUUCCUUUGUGGUUAAGGGUCCGCCCGCUUAUGCCGAGGAUAACUGGCGCUGGGUGAGGAUCGGACAAACCGUUUUUAAGUACGUGAAACCUUGCUUGAGAUGUAUUUUCACCAACAUCGAUCCGGACAAGGGGAUAAGCAGCACCGACGGGGAACCGCUAAGGACGCUGAAAGAGUACAGAAAAGUUCCGGAAAUGGGAGAAGCGCCUGCCUUUGGCAUUCAUCUCGGACUGAGAAGAGCCGGUGAAGUUAGCCUUGGCGAUUCCGUUUACUACGCAUAGGGCUGUGAUGAUGGUCGAUGAUUAAUUUGUUGAUAUUUACGAUUUAGAAUGUAACUACUAAACUACUAAAUAAAUACUCACUGAUGCCAUGCUUUGAUGCUUAUAUUUCUAUCGGUGUUC